GCUUGCCGUAGUUAAACGCUUUUUUAAAGACAGAAUUCAGUCACUUUACCGUCUUUAGACUUUAGAACUCGCCGCCGUCGUUUUGUUUCACUGUCAGACGUGUACUGCCGUUUUAAAGAGAUCUUCCAGGUGUUAUGAACAACUACGAGGUCGUCCGUCAGAUCGGAGAAGGAGCGUUUGGAAAAGCUUUCCUGGUCCGAGACAAAGGAGGAGGAACUGAGUGUGUGGUCAAACAGAUCAGCCUCAGGAAGAUGUCGGCGAGGGAGAAGGAGGCGUCCAAGAAAGAGGUGACGCUGCUGUCGAAGAUGAACCACCCGAACAUCGUCGCCUUCAUCGGGUCGUUUCAAGAGAGAGGCAGCCUGUACAUCGUGAUGGAGUUCUGUGACGGAGGAGAUCUGAUGAAGAAGAUCAACAUGCAGAGAGGAAAUCCCUUCACCGAGCAGCAGAUCGUGGACUGGUUCGUUCAGAUCUGUCUGGGCCUCAAACACAUCCACGACAGGAAGGUUCUCCACAGAGACAUCAAAGCUCAGAAUAUCUUCCUCACCAACGGAGGGAUGAAAGCGAAGCUGGGGGACUUUGGAAUCGCAAGAAUGUUGAAUAACACCAUGGAGCUGGCCAGGACUUGUGUUGGAACGCCGUAUUAUCUUUCUCCAGAGAUCUGCGAGAGUCGACCCUACAACAACAAGACGGAUAUCUGGUCUCUGGGCUGCGUCCUCUAUGAACUCUGCACACUGAGGCAUCCAUUUGAGGGCAGCAGCCUUCGCCAGCUGGUCGGUAAAAUAUGCCGAGGCCGAUACAACCCGGUGCCCAGCAGCUACUCCUACGACCUCCGUCUGCUGGUCACACAGCUCUUCAAGGUCAACCCUCGGGAUCGUCCCUCGGUCACCUCGGUCCUCCGACGUCCCUUCAUGGAGAAGCACAUCAGCAAACACCUGGACUCUCAGGUGAUGCAGGAGGAGUUUAGCCACUCGGUGCUGCAUGAAAACAGAGCAGCAGCUUCACAACCUGCUAAAACAAGAACCAGAGCAACAAACACACCAGGUAAGACUGAGAGGGCGAGAGGGUCAGAGAGGCCUGGAAACAAGAAAGUUCCCACUAAACCCGACUGGAGGAUCUACACACCAGCUCAACACAAACCUCCUCAUCAAAGAGCAUCACAACCAGCUGCAAGGAACCAGAGAUUUAAUGGUCAGCAGCCUGUCAGUCAUUACCAGCACUACUACGCCCAACUGGACGCCUUCGAGAGGAGGAAGAAGGACGACGUUCCUCCUCCUCCUCCUGAAGACCAAACUGCUCCUCCUGUGGAACCAUAUCAGCUUGUGGCUGCAGCUCGUAACGAAUAUCUGCAGAGGAGGCAGGAGGCCAACCAGUACAAGCUGAGAGCAGAGAAGCAGCUGGGUUUGCGUCCGUCUACAGCUGAGAGCAGCAGGAAACCUGGUGGACAUCAGGACCAAGGAAUGGAUCGAAUUGAACACCAACAGAAGGAAAAAAGACAGGAGGGACAACAGGAGUAUCUGAGGCAGCUGGAUCUGAUCAGACAACAGUAUCACCAGGAGAUGAGACAGAUGAAGCUGAGAGCUGAAGCAGAGGCUCAGCCACAACACCAACAUGGAACCUUUGUGGUGGAGAAACUCAGCGACCCAGAACCGUCUGCAGACAGUAAAGAGCAGCAGAAAGCAGCACCUGUACAGGAUGUUGAAGCAGCUCUGAGGCAGAUAACAGAUCAGAGGAGAACACUGGAGAGGAAACAUAAAGAGAAGAAAGGAAUCAUGUUUGAGAUCCGGCUAGAUGAUGAAGACAUGAAAGAAACAACAGAGAAAGACGAGGAAGUGGAUCCUCUGAAUCAGACUCUGAGUUUCCAGAAAGGGGAGGAGUUGAAGCUCAGGGAUUGGCUGGAGGUGAGGAGGGGGUGGAGCCACAGGACGCCUCAGACUCUGCUGGACGCUCUCGCCAACAUGGACGUCAACUCUGUCUACAACACAGCAGUCAAGGCCGAAGAAGGUGAGGAGGCGGCAGUUCGACGUCAGUGGGAUGAUGGUCCUCCAAACACUCUCCUGAACUUUCUGGCUCAGGCUGAACUCAAAUCAUCAACCCUGGACUCAGCAACCACAGAUUCAGAACCACAGCAGGACAGAACAGAGGAGGAAGAAGAGGAUGAAGAUGACUCAGAUGUGGAGAUGGAUGAAGAGCGACUAGAACCGAGAUCGGACGACGACGACACGAACUUUGAGGAGUCGGAGGACGAGCUGAGAGACGCUGUGGCCGAUUCCAUGAGGAACCUGUUUGUGAUGGAGGAUGAAAGCUCAGACGACAACAUGAAGGAGGCGACAGCGGUGGCUGAAGGGACGAAGAUUGAGGAGGAGGAUGGAGGCACAAUUAGCUCUGAAGAUCCUCAACAGAUCCAACCAGAGCCGGAGGAUUCAGGAGCUUCAGUCAAAGUGGUUUCCACUGAACCUGAGCAUCCAGGCGAGUCCCAGACAGACGAUAACACAAGUUUAGAUAAUCAGCAUCAGACCACCUGAGUGCUCAAAAACUGUCUUUAUUCUGAGGGAGUCGGACAAGAAGACGGCAGGAAAUGGGACGUAAAUUCACUUCCUCUUUCAAGUCUGAUACAGCAUUUAAGUGAACAUAGUUGUUAAAUGGGACGUUAAUGAAUUACAAUUCAACGAAGAAGCUAAAAACCCGUCUUCACCGUGUCUUGAGUUGCUGCCAUAUGAUUGGCUGAUUAGACAUUUGCAUUAAUGAAAAGUUGAACAGGUGUACCUAUUAAAGUGGUGUCAUUUCUUUUAGGAUUCAGUAAUCUCCUUAAACAGCUGCACACUAGUUUCAUCAAACACUCAACCAGGAGGACUAUUUUCAGUAGUGUAUUAACUAACGUUCACUGCUCUAAUGAAUAUUUGGGGCAUCGGGAUGACGAAUAUACACAGAAGAUUGGGUCAAAAUUAACUAUUUUGGGGCACGUGAGGUAUAACGUAUAUCACGCUACACGUUAGCAUGAUUUAUUGUUGUUUUGGUCUUUUAUGGGAUUCGUUCACAUCAGAUUUGUCCUUUAAAACAGCUUCAGUGCAGGUUUCUGUUUGUAUUUCAUCUUUUUUUGCACAGAAGAGAUGAAGACGGUAAAGUUGAAGAUGUUCUCGCUGCUUCUUUCUAUCCACAGAUUAGCAAAAUACAACAAACAAAUAAUCCAAAGUGUUUGAUGAUUGCAUUUAUUGCAGUAUUGUUUAAGUGUAACUUCAGUUUCUCAGUGAAACUAACUCCAAACAUCCUCUAUACAUGGACAGAUUUAAAUAGAACUAAUGCCUCUUUGAAAAUAAAAGAUAUUUACUUGAAUAAUAACUCUUUACAUAUAAUCCUAUUUCCAUGCCUGGACCUCAUCACAAACAGGAAUGCAGAAUAGUGAAACAACAUUUAAAUAAAACAGAUUUGGCCGUUAUCUUAACCCAAACACACUGUGCUUUUAAAUACUUCUUGUGAACACAGAAAGCAUUAAAUUAAAACUAUUCACUUAACAAACUUCCUCAGACAGAAAAAAAAUAACAAAAAUGACAUUUCAAACAUCUUCAUGUCUAUUUAGGAUUCAGUCAGUAAAUUGACAUCACUGGAAAAACAAAAGUAUAAUCAAUCAAAGUCAUGUCGAUAUAAAUGUGACAUAAAAUCACCUUUUUGCUGGCAAACAUUUUGCAGCUUGGAAUGUAACUCUUCAACUCUUAUUAUAUUAAACUCCUCUCAAAAUCAGUCUCAACUCUUAGCGUCCAUCAAAAGAGGAAAAUGUUCCGAAACGGUCUGAUUUACGUGUAAACUGUGUUCUUAGAUGUGUAGAAACAGAAAAAUAACUGCAAAAAAGGUUGCACUGUUCAUCAUCUGUACAAAAAAAAAUAAUUAAAACAGUAAAGAAAUGAUGACAUGCAUGAAACGUGACAAACUUCACUCAGAAACAUCAGAUCUGUAUGAAGUAAUGAGCUGGCUGUAAUUUGUCUCUUUUUAAUUCAUAAAAUUAACUAAAAUGCCACAUUUCAAUAAUGUUUUUGGCAUUUUUUCCAAUUAUUUGAACUUUGACUGGAGGUCUUUCAAUCUCCAAACUGGAUUUAGCUCAAUCAACACAAGUGGAUCGGAAUGUGAAUUAAUUCACAUUUUCAUUUGACCAUUUUCUGGAAAUUCUGUCAAAAUUUGCACUAUUUAUCUGGACACAAAAAACUGUUUCUGGUUGUUUACUGCAAACAACAUACAACAUGUAAAUCAGACGUGUUAGGAACACAUUUUUCUCUCUGCUAAACUGUUUCUGGACCAAAUAUCACAAAAACGAAAUCAAUAUUCUCAUCUAACAUUACCCAAUGGUAUUUCAACCUAAAUCCUAACUUCCCACUGGGGAAAAUGUGAUUAAAUGGUAAACUUCCUGAACCUUGAGGUCUGUUUUAAUCCGCUGUGUGAACCAGUUUAAUGGUGAUUGUUAAAUUUAGGCUGCGAAGGCAUCUGCUUUAAGGAGGGAGGUCAGGUUUUGCUUUGCCAGCAGAACGUCUCCAUCUGUUUGGUAAACAGUCGUCAUACUUCCAACUCCCACAUGUGAGUCUGACACAUGCACCGUCACUGGGAAUGUCCUGGAUUUGUUGUUUGUUGCUUUUUUAUUGUAUUUUAGCUCUGGGUGUCCAUCAGGAGUCUGUGUCUAUAAUGCUGUAUUACUCUGGAUUGGGAAUGAGCCACGUGUUGCACUUUAACUGUAAGCUUCGGCUGUUUUAAAUGUAAAUAUGGGUUUUUCUGCUCCGCCUCAUUUAUCUGUGUAGCGCUAUUUUAAAAAAACAAAACAAGACAAACAACGUCCUGGUCGCUGAUGGACACCGGGUCACGUCUGCUCUUCCUCAUCGCUCCAGUUUGCUCAUCAGAGACUCGGUGGCGGACAGGAAACAGGCCUCAAACUCCUGGUCGGAGAAGCGACUGACGGAGUCGCGGGCGCUGCGUCGGAUCUCCAGUCGGGCCGACGGCGACAGCGCCAGGAUGGACUCCAUGGCGGCGGCGUAGCUGUCCUCGCUGUCGGCCAGGAAGCCCGUCUGUCGGCCCUCGUGCGGAACCACGAUGUCCAGCUUCGGACCUCCGGACUUGUGGGCCAGAACGAUGGUUCCUGCAGCCAUACACUCCACCACACCUGGAGAGGGACGGAGGAUUAACAUCCAAACCAGCUGAUCCAGAACCAGCUACUGCUGAAAUCACUGAUGUGGGAAUAAACAAUGUCUUAACUUCCAGUAAAUAUUACAGCGUGUUGUAGGGAUUGACUGAUACGGGUCUUUCAGGGUCGAUACAGAUGAUGAUUAUUGGUAAUCAAGAAAGGUUUUAACAGCAUGUGAUAGCAGAAAAGCUGUCAUUAAUAACUAGACUUCUUUAUUAAUUAGGGUGAUUAUAACUGAAUAUGUAAAAUUGAAACAGAAGUGAUUGAAUCAGGACCCUCUCCUCUGUUUAUGUGGGAUCCAGUGACAAAAAUGUUUCCAAAAGGACUUAAGAUUUGAUGAAAUGCCUUAAAAUUCUCUAAAAUGACUCAAAACGUUUCCAAAGCGUCUCAAAUUUUUUUCAGAAUGGUUAAAGAAUUGUCGAAAAUGGCUUAAAAUUUGACAAAAAUGAGUCAAAAUGUUUUCAAAGUGAUUCAAAAUUCUCCAAAAUUAUCAAAAACUUUUCCAAAGUGACUCAAAAAAUCUUUAAAAUGGUUAAAAAAAUGUCUAAAAUCACCUAAAAUUAGACAAAAAUGACUUAAAAUUAUUCCACAGUGACUCAUAAUUAAUAAGAAUAAUUAAUCAAUUUUUCUUCAGAACAGUUAAAGAAUUGUCCAAAAAUCUGACAAAAAAAGUCUCAACAAUUUCCUAAAACGACUCAAAACAUUUCCAACGUGAUUCAAAUUUCUACAAAAUGAUCAAAAACUCUUUUAAAGUGACUCAAAAAAAUCUUAAAAAUGGGAAAAAAUUGUCCAAAAUGACUUAAAAUUUGACAGAAAUGUUUCCAAAGUGACUCGUAAUUAUUAAUAAUAAAGUAAAAGAGAUUAAAUUAGGACGCUCUCUGACUGAGAUUCAUCAGUUUGUCUCCUGCUGUUCUUCUCUGUUUUCUUAAUCUUUCACUGUUGUAUCACUUUAAUUCUCCACUAAGAUCCAGAUCUUAAAUCUUUAUUAAUUAUUGUUUUCCAGACUCUGUUUCAGGUUAAUCUGUGGCUGCCUUCUAACUUAGCCACUAGCCGUUAGCAUAGCAUUGGUUUGUGUUUCUUGUUCAGUUUUUCACAUUUCCAAAGUUAUUAAAAAUUCUCCAAAAUAAUCAAAAACAUUUCCAAAGUGACUCAAUAAAAUCUUUAAAAUGGUUGAAAAAUUGUCCAAAAUGACUUAAAAUUUGACAAAAAUGACUCAGAAUACUUCUAAAGUGACUCUGAAUUCUCCAAAUACUGUAAAAUAGAAAUAGAUAUAAAUAUAUAAUAUAAUUUAAAAUGUUAUCUGUGAAAUUUUAGAGUGACAUGAAGUACAAUCAUUGAACUUUGAGGUUAUAUUUGAACAAUAAUAUCUUAGGAGCAACUAAAAAAUAAAAUCUGAAAUUUUCACCAUGUCAUUGGUUCAGAAUCUGCAAGGUUUUUAUCUUUAACAACUCCUGACACAUUGUUGUUGAAAAAAAGCCUCAAAUUUCAAUGCUGAAAGUGGGUCAACAAGAAAUUUAAAAAAAAAAAGUUUUGUCAAGCUAAAACUACAAAAAUAAUUAACUUAAUGAUUUAAUAAAUAUCAGUUGUUUAGAGAUGGUCGAGCAAAAAUUGUUGUAAAAAUGAGAUGAUCUGAGAUGGAAUGACUCCUUACUAUUGUUUAUCUUCUGUAUUCUGUGGUGUUGGAUGUAUGUUCGAUGUUUUUAAGGCAUCUUGGAUUAGCUGAGUUAUAAAAUAUAUGUCUAGGUUGUAUAAAUACAGAUGGAGAUGA